GCGCACCCCGCGCACCCCGCGCACCGCGCCCGGCCGGAACCCGGCGAGCACCGGGCGGGCGGGCGUGCGCGCGAUGGCGGGGCCCGGCUGGGGGCCCCCGCGGCUGGACGGCUUCAUUCUCACCGAGCGCCUGGGCAGCGGCACGUACGCCACGGUGUACAAGGCCUACGCCAAGAAGGACACACGCGAGGUGGUGGCCAUAAAGUGUGUGGCUAAGAAAAGUCUGAACAAAGCGUCAGUGGAGAACCUGCUGACGGAAAUUGAGAUCCUCAAGGGCAUCCGACACCCCCACAUCGUGCAGCUAAAAGACUUCCAGUGGGACAGCGACAACAUCUACCUCAUCAUGGAGUUUUGCGCAGGCGGGGACCUGUCCCGCUUCAUCCACACCCGCAGGAUCCUGCCGGAGAAGGUGGCCCGGAUCUUCAUGCAGCAACUGGCCAGCGCCCUGCAAUUCCUGCAUGAACGUAACAUCUCUCACCUGGAUCUGAAGCCGCAGAACAUUCUGCUGAGCUCCUUGGACAGGCCGCACCUGAAGCUGGCGGACUUUGGCUUUGCGCAGCACAUGUCCCCGUGGGACGAGAAACACGUGCUACGCGGCUCCCCCCUCUACAUGGCACCGGAGAUGGUGUGUCGGGGGCAGUACGAUGCCCGUGUAGACCUGUGGUCCGUGGGGGUCAUCCUGUAUGAGGCCCUGUUCGGGCAACCGCCUUUCGCAUCCAGGUCCUUCUUGGAGCUGGAGGAGAAGAUCCGGAGCAGCCGGGUCAUUGAGCUUCCCUUACGGCCACCGCUUUCCCGAGACUGCCGGGACCUGCUGCAGCGGCUGCUGGAACGGGACCCCAACCGCCGCAUCUCCUUCCAGGACUUCUUCACCCACCCCUGGGUGGACCUGGAGCAUAUGCCCAGUGGGGAGAGCCUGGCCCGAGCCAGUGCCCUGGUGGUGCAGGCUGUGAAGAAGGACCAGGAAGGGGACGCGGCGGCUGCAUUGUCACUCUACUGCAAGGCCCUGGACUUCUUUGUGCCUGCCCUGCAUUACGAGGUGGAUGCACAGAGGAAGGAAGCGAUCAAGACGAAGGUGGCUCAGUAUGUGUCCCGGGCCGAGGAGCUCAAAGCCAUUGUGUCCUCCUCUAAUCAGGCUCUGCUGCUCCAGGGACCCUCCGCCCGCGACCUGCUCCGAGAGAUGGCCCGGGACAAGCCACGCCUCCUGGCUGCCCUGGAAGUGGCUGCUGCUGCCAUGGCCAAGGAGGAGGAAGCUGGCGGGGAGCAAGAUGCCCUGGACUUGUACCAGCACAGCCUGGGGGAGCUGCUGCUGUUGCUGGCAGCGGAGCCCCCAGGCCGGAGGCGGGAGCUGCUUCACACUGAGGUACAGAACCUCAUGGCUCGGGCUGAGUACCUGAAGGAACAGGUCAAGAUGAAGGAGUCCCGCUGGGCAGCAGAGAGCCUGGACAAGGAGGGGCUGUCGGAGUCUGUGCGGAGCUCUUGCACCCUGCAGUGACCCUGCAAGCCUGGACAGGGAGACUGAUGCCCAGGAAUCAGUACCCCCUACAAGCCAGGAGUGCCUCGACUGGGCCCCUCUGAGACACUCCCCAUGUCCCCAGAGUCUACAGCCUCACUCGGGGCCCCCUGGCCUGGCCUCAGCAUGGGGCUGGACGCCACAAGGACACUUUCCUGGGAGACCCCCGGGCCUUCAUCUCACCUUGCACUUUUGCUUAGGGCGCCUCUGCCCCAGCCUCCAGCUGCCAGUGGGCAGCAGCGCCCUGGGCUGCCCCUUUCUGGUCUCCCUCUUACACUGGAACAAGGCCCUUCAAGACUCCUCAGGGACCACCCCACAGUGUACUCAGCCCACAGCCCUGUCGUCUUCCUGAGUGCUGGCCCAACCGCCAGCGCUGAGCACUGUCAGUGCUCCUGCGGACAGGGAGUCCACUCCCUUCCCCGGGGGU